GGCGGAGCCAGCGGCGGCCCAGGCUCGGGGCACCCGCGCGGCUCCCGGUCGCGGAGCACACAACCCGGCGCGACUAGGUUCCUUCGGAGAGCGAGCGGGAGUCGGUGCGCGGCCGCCUGCGGGGAGCAGCCGAGGAAUCUGCAGGGAGAGGUCGGGACGUGUGGACGGACACCAGCAUGCCCGUGCUGUCGGAGGACUCUGGUUUGCAUGAAACCCUGGCCCUGCUGACCUCCCAGCUCAGACCUGACUCCAACCACAAGGAAGAGAUGGGCUUCCUGAGGGAUGUUUUCAGCGAAAAAAGCCUCAGUUACUUAAUGAAGAUUCACGAGAAGCUUCGCUAUUACGAAAGGCAAAGUCCAACCCCAGUUCUGCACAGUGCUGUGGCCCUUGCUGAGGACGUGAUGGAGGAGCUGCAGGCCGCCUCCGUGCACGGUGAUGAGAGAGAGCUGCUCCAGCUGCUCUCCACUCCGCACCUGAGGGCUGUGCUCAUGGUACAUGACACGGUUGCCCAGAAGAAUUUUGACCCCGUUCUCCCACCUCUGCCUGAUAAUAUCGAUGAGGAUUUUGAUGAGGAAUCGGUGAAGAUCGUCCGCUUGGUGAAGAACAAGGAACCCCUGGGUGCCACCAUCCGGCGGGACGAGCACUCAGGGGCUGUUGUGGUGGCCAGAAUCAUGCGAGGAGGCGCAGCAGACAGGAGUGGCCUGGUCCACGUUGGAGAUGAGCUCCGAGAAGUGAACGGGAUUGCAGUCCUGCACAAGCGGCCCGAUGAGAUCAGCCAGAUUCUGGCCCAGUCCCAGGGAUCCAUCACCCUAAAAAUCAUCCCAGCCACCCAGGAGGAAGAUUGCUUAAAGGAGAGCAAGGUGUUCAUGCGUGCCCUCUUCCACUACAACCCUCGGGAGGACCGGGCCAUCCCUUGCCAGGAGGCGGGCCUGCCCUUCCAGCGCAGGCAGGUCCUGGAGGUGGUGAGCCAGGACGACCCCACAUGGUGGCAGGCCAAGCGAGUCGGGGACACCAACCUUCGAGCCGGCCUCAUCCCCUCAAAGCGGUUCCAGGAGAGACGACUGAGCUACCGGAGAGCUGCGGGUACCCUGCCGAGCCCUCAGAGCCUCAAGAAGCCCCCCUAUGAUCAGCCUUGUGACAAAGAGACCUGUGACUGUGAGGGCUACCUCAAAGGGCACUAUGUGGUAGCAGGAGGAGGUUGGGAGAAGUCAGUGGGACUCAGUUCCAUCUCCAGGUCUGGCCAGGUAGAAAAAGUCUCUACUGGGAGAUCCUGGGACAAAUGCCAUGGUGUCCCUCUGCCCCCCUCCCAAGCUGGUCUUCGGAGGAGCUUCCGGCUGGGCUGUAGAGAGAGACUGGGUGGCUUGCAGGAAGGGAAGAUGUCCUCUGGAGCUGAGUCUCCAGAGCUGCUGACUUAUGAGGAGGUGGCCAGGUACCAACACCAGCCCGGAGAGCUGCCCCGCCUGGUGGUUCUGAUCGGGUCUCUGGGAGCCCGACUGCACGAGCUGAAGCAAAAGGUGGUGGCCGAGAACCCACAGCACUUUGGCGUUGCUGUUCCACAUACCACCAGGCCCCGAAAGAGCCAUGAGAAGGAAGGAGUGGAGUAUCACUUUGUGUCUAAGCAAGCAUUCGAGGCCGACUUACAUCACAACAAGUUCCUGGAACAUGGUGAAUAUAAGGAAAAUCUCUAUGGAACCAGCCUGGAGGCCAUUCAGGCUGUUAUGGCCAAAAACAAAGUUUGUUUGGUGGAUGUGGAGCCGGAAGCACUGAAGCAACUGAGGACCUCAGAGUUUAAACCCUAUAUUAUAUUUGUAAAGCCUGCAAUUCAGGAAAAAAGACAGACGCCACCUAUGUCCCCAGCUUGUGAGGACACGGCAGCCCCACUUGAUGAGGAGCAGCAAGAGAUGGCCGCUUCUGCCGCCUUCAUAGACCAGCAUUACGGGCACCUGGUGGACGCCGUGCUGGUGAAGGAGGAUCUCCAGGGUGCCUACAGCCAGCUCAUAGUGGUCUUAGAGAAGCUGAGCAAGGACACUCACUGGGUACCUGUUAGUUGGGUCAGGUAACUUUAUCCUGGAACAUCCAAGCUGGACGGGACCUUGAAGAUCAUCUAGUCCAGCCUCCUUCCUUUUACCAUCAAGGAAUCUCGAGUGCAGAGAGGGGCAGGAUUCUCCACAAAUUCCAUCACUGAGAAGAGCAUAAGUGGGAAGUCUUGUUUGUUGUUGGGUUUUGUCUGUUGUUUUUCACUGCACCUCUUUGGAUCAUGAUUUGAAAGGGGCAUAUCAGAAAACACAUUUCACUCAUUAAAGUAUCACAGGCAAGCUGACCCUGA